AAUACACUCUCGCCAUCCGAGGCCAGGCAACACGUCUUGAUCUGCCUCUGUCAAGGCCGACGGCAUCUCUUUUGUUCCUUGCGCUGCCCUUGGUGCUAGGCGCUCAUACCUAAAAUCCAGACGUGUCAAACCAACCUCGCCAAAAUAGGAACAAUAACAACAAUACCAGUACUGACACCGAAACGGCAACCCACAGCAACAAGAAGUUACCAGACGCGACACACUCCUCAGUGCUCUACCACCUCUACAUCGACGCAUGUGUUUUGUCCCAGACUCUACACCGAUUCUAGCACUCCUGGGAAGAGUGUGCGGUUACGUCGAACCAAAAUUCGUCGUCAUGCCAUCCAAGUUCUCGCGAUAAACCGCCUCCUCCUCACCACAAGACCUCGCAAGCAAGCACCUCUUGGGGUGUAUGUUAGAUUAUGACAGACAGGUUCCCGCCUCUGCCUCCGCAACCAGUGACUCCGAGUCAGACUACACUCCUUAGUCCCAAGUCCAUACCCUCUCUUCCCAGCCAUGGGCCCAAUAAGCUUCAGGCGCCAGUUGAAGAGGAACCCUACACGAUCAAGUGUAUUUGCAACUUUUCUGACGAUGAUGGGAACACUAUCUACUGCGAAGAAUGCGACAGUUGGCAGCAUAUCGAGUGCUACUAUCCCCUCAACAUCGACGAGGCGCUGCGAGAGGAUUUUGCUCACUCAUGCGUCGACUGUAACUCCCGGCUGCUUGAUCGUGAGGGGGCCCGAGAGCGACAAGAGCUGCGCCAUAGUAAACCAAACGCAACGGAGGCGUCGGAUAGGAAAGCCAAGCGGCCUCCCUCCAAGGCGAACAAGAAGAAGGCUAAACCAACCGACCUCACUCUAAAUGGCUACGCCGCCUCCGACAUGAAUACGAAACAUCUUCACGAUCAUCCUCCUACACAUCAGCACAAGAAGUCGAAAAGUACUCAUCGGCCCAGCCAAUCCAUCAGCUCUCAAAACCCGAAGCGCAGCCCUUCGUACAGCCAGAAAUCCGGAAAUCCCCACGGUCAUCCACCAAGCCCUGCUACGACACCCCCCGACAUUUCUCACGAGCUCGAGAUACAUUACUCCAGUGCCUUCUUGAACCUCUACAAGGAUGACCGUGAUGUGUCAAUCGUCCAGACGAACUCAUUUGCCAGUCUCCUGGUAUCGGACGUCAUGUCGAUAUGGUUGCGAGAUCAUGACAAGUUGAGAAUAGAGACAGGAUGCCGCUUCGAAGACGUCUUUCGUUCCUCGCCGCCCGAUGUCGACUCGGUCAAGACUUCACCACGAGUGGAGGCGAAAAAGUCGGUUGUUGGGUCCGAUACUGUAGUGCAUUGGCAGUAUUUGACGACCUCGGAAGCGAUUGGCGAGGACGUACCCUUAAUAGAGCUCAACGGCCAGAUCGGAAUUCAGAAGGACUACUGCAACGAUCCUAAUAAUCGGUGGCAGGAGCUCAGCUCGCCACUUCCAUUUGUCUUUUUCCACCCCAGGCUUCCUAUUUAUAUCGAUACCCGGAGAGAGGGAUCACUCGCUCGUUACGUGCGGCGAAGUUGCAAGCCAAAUGCGACCCUGGACACGUACUUGUCUGAUGGCUCCGAGUACCACUUCUGGCUUGUGAGCGAUCGACGGAUAGCCUCCUCGGAGCAGAUCACAAUCCCUUGGGAGUUCAAUCUGCAGAAGGACGUGGCACGGAGGUGGGAGCAAUUGCUCGGCCUUGGAGACGAGGAAACGAGCACCCAGCCGGAAUAUAACGACAAGGAGACGGAAACCUACCAGAGUAUCGCCUCGUGGGUCCACGCCGUACUGUCCGAAUACGGCGGGUGCGCGUGCGAGUUGGGGCCCGACUGUGCGUUUGCUCGCUUUCACCGAACAUACAUAACGAAGCCGCAACAGUCGAAAGAAAAGAGCUCCAAGAAGAAAUCUCGGAAGCCCAAGGCAAGCGCUAUAUCACCUACCAGCACAGGCCAUGCCACCAAUAGUCGAGCCGCUAGUGAAGGGCACGGCGAUGACGGGGCAGACAACGAUUCGGGUUCGUCACGUAGCAAACCUCCCAGCCGAGAUAUGACACCAGCGCCGCGCCAAGGUUCUUUUGACACUCUGGGCGUGUUGACGGAGCUCACCGACCGAGACAAGCGAAAGGUGCAGAUGGUCGAAGAUUCAUUUCGGCGUAUGGAACAACAACCCCCUCCGCGAAAGAAGAAGCGAGCCUCAGACGGGACUAACAACCCCGGCAUAACAACGAAAUCUAAACCUAAGUCGACGACUGGUCCUUUAACUAGUCUUCCUAACGGCACGUCAGAGCGUCGGUAUGUCGAUGCUGGUACCUCACAGGACCUAUUUCCCGGCAUGUCGAUCAUGUCAAACCCCCGCAAGCAGCACGAUUUGAUGCAGCCUUCCGAUCGAAGUCCUUUGCGACACCCUUCUCAGGGGCCUCACCCACAAUACCGUGACACUUUUAUGCAGACUGGUCCGGUUGGUGGCGGGUGGCAUAGCGGACUAGGACAAAAGGCGAAAAUAACUAAACGAGUCGUCCCCCUCUCCAGGCGCCUAGUCGGUGCUCGACGUCGCUUGCGGGAGGAAGAGGAUCGUAAAAGGGCAUCCCUCACAAUCUCUCCCACGUCUGUGACGGCUGCCAUGGUCAAGAUGGAUAUAGAUUCGCCGAAAGCGGAACAGGACUCGGCCGAAGCAAUGUUAACCAAGGAUGACAAGCCAACAACGCCGGCAGCGGAUCCAUCCACCGAUAUGCCUAUGGGGGACGCCUCCCCCAUCUCGCCUAAAAACACCAAGAGCCUGUCUCUAAGCAAUCCGACGACGGCGGUAACAGCAUCGACAACAACGAACACAAGCCUUGCUGUGAAGCCGAAAGGAAUAACGGCGGCAACUUCUACCCCUAAGAAUAAAACGCCCGAACUACGCGUACAGAUGCCGCCGGUCCCUACCUUCAACGGCUCCGUCAUUUCCAGCGUAACGACGCCAUUGUCCACUGCCGGCACCCUGACACAGUCACCAUCCUCGGCCGUCAACGUGCCUAGUCCCUUUCUACCACUAUCCGCCAACGGAGUUCAGCCCAGUCCGAUCAAGAAGAAGCUAAGCCUAAGCGACUACACGAAGAGUAGAAUGAAUAAGGCGGCGGCAGUGAAGCCUGGAGUUCUGAAGCCGCCGACGGUAGUGGAAGCCAAGUCACCGACAAGCGCCGAUACAAUGAUGCUCGAUCCCCCGGCCACGGAUAAGAACGUGGAUCAAACCGGCUGAGGAUGAGAAGUUCGUUAUCAGAACGACUUGUAAUAUCUAGUAGCGCCAUCGGGUCUAGAUUUGGGGACACUCGCAUGAUAGCAUUCUUCAUGACCCUUGCGUGUUCGGGCAUAUGUCAUCUCAACUGC